CUCUGUUCGCUUUUAUUCAUUUCUGUGUAUGGGCAAGGAGGGCUAACAUGGACUCUUUGGGUCUUUUUAUCCUUUUAAUGCUUCUGUGUUUUCAGUGGACAACUGCCCCCGCUGCUGAUGAAGUUACCUGGACCUACACUGGUUUGGUGGGUCAGUCUGAGUGGCCGGACUAUUUCCCUGAAUGUGGCGGCACCUCUCAAUCCCCCGUUGAUGUGGUAACCACAAAGACUAAAUAUGACCCCAGUUUGAUCGCUCUGACCCCACUGGGCUACAGCCAGCACGGCAACAAGCCCUUCACUCUGUACAACAACGGACACACGGCGGUGAUUGAGCUGCCAGACUGGAUGGGACUAGGGGGGCUGCCGUGGCUCUUUACAGCUGUGCAAAUGCACCUCCACUGGGGCAGCGGCGGCCCGAGUCACGGGGGCGCUGAACACACCAUCAACGGACUGAGUGCAGAUGCAGAGCUACAUGUGGUGCACUACAACUCUGAGCUCUACCCCAACUUGUCCGCAGCAAUGACGCAGAGUGACGGCUUGGCUGUUUUAGGAAUUCUCAUUGUGACAGGUGAGGCGACCAACCCGGCAUUUAACAACAUCCUCAACUACCUGAGCCGCAUCAGACAUGCUGAUCAGAAGGUUUCCAUCCCAGCCUUUGACGUCCAGUCGCUGCUCCCGAAGGAUCUGGGACGUUACUAUCGCUACAAUGGCUCUCUGACAACACCGCCCUGCUACCAGAGUGUGAUGUGGACACUGUUCAAUGAGAGGGUUCAGAUCUCAAAGGCACAGCUGCUGAGGCUGGAGACGAUACUUUACUCCAGUAAAGCUGAAGAUCCAAUCAGGACGCUGCUGCAGGACAACUACCGUGCAACACAUCCACUCAACCACAGGGUCGUCUUCGCCUCCUUUAGUGCAGAAUCAGGGAAGGAGCUCUCUUCUGGUGAAGUCACAGCUAUAGUAAUAGGAGUGAUGUGUGGCUGCGUAGGUCUGGCAGUAAUUAUUCGCUUCAUCGUGAAGACGAUACGAUUUUUUACACUCCUCCACCAUGAAUCAGUCGUGGUAAACAGCUCUACCUCUAGCUGGGACGUCCUACCCAGUAACCGGCCUGCUCCCAUGUCAAGGAUGAAGGAGCCAGAGAAAGCAAAAGAGAAAAAGCAGGACAUGGCUCUGAACUCGACCUCUGAGGCAGAAAAGAAAGAAGAACCGUCACCGUCUCCUCAGACUGAACCCUGACAGUCCAGACACUGUUUCCACUGAUCCACGUCUCAUCGGAAGACAAACAUUUUUCACUCAUCGGUUACUAAAGGCAAAAGGAGAAAACUUUUACACAGUAAACUGGACAAAUCACCUGCUGCCCUGAUCACUUCAACUAUUUUCCUUUCCACCCAAACUCAGUUGGCAGUCUUGGUGUCAGACAUUUCUUUCAGUUUGCACGGGAAGCUCUUGGUCUAAAUACAUCAGUUUGCUGCCUCUGAUUUGUAUGUUUGCUCUUGCAAUGGCUGGUACGCAUGAUUGAUCCAUGUAAAUACUGUAUACAUAUAUAUUCUUGUUGUUUUUUUUUGUUUCACGUUUGGCCGUUACUUCAUCUUCCUGCCUUGACACACGCCCCACUGUAUGACAUGUAAUGUAAUAAUAGACUUGAAUUGAAAUGAAAUAUUUACCUGUGAAUUCAUACGCAAUGUAAUAUUUUUUUUGUUUCCCAUCGGACUUGAGCAUUGAAACACAGGAGGUCCUAUCAAAUAAAAAUCUAUGAUGGAGGUUUUAAGGGAUUUAAAGUGCCACAUAUAGGCUGCAGCUGUCCAAACCAUACGCAAUUUAGUGCAUUAUAUUGUAAAUAGAUGAGUUAUUAUAUUUAUGUACGUCUUCAUUCUGUUGGAAAAAGUGAUUUCAGUGCCAUAUAUCAACUCUAUCUGACUGAUUUUUUUUCUGUAAACAACUCGUCAACAUGGGCACCUCAUUAAAAUACUUGAAUGGCAACAA